AUGGAGAGGUUCCAGCAACUCAUUUUAAUUCCUCUCAUCUUAACUGCCUCGCUACCAGGUCUUGGCUUUUGUUACUCUAUUAUAAAUGGCCCUACUAAUGCAACAGUCCUUGCUGGUUCAGAAGCCCACUUCAAUUGCACUGUGUCGGUGGGAUGGGUAAUUCUCAUUUGGCUGUCCAAUGGAAAUCCUGUCCUCACUGUCAUCAAUUCUCAAGGAGCUGUUGAAACAUCAGACCGCUUCACCUCUCAAAAUUAUACCAGUAGCAAUGGGUUUACCUCAGAGCUGAUCAUCCACAACACACAGCUGAGUGACUCUGGAAAAAUUGAAUGCAGCAUCCAGCAACUUAGUGAGAGCAGCUUUGCAUUUCUUUCUGUUCAAGUUAAUGGAUCUUUAUUCAUCAAAAAUAGCACCUUAGCAGUAAAAGAGAACAGCACAGUUGAAAUUGUUUGUGAAGCCUUAGGAUGGGCUCCAGCUCCAGACAUUGCCUGGAUGACAAACGACUCUUUCAUUGAUAAGUCGAAGUAUGUUACCCAGCAAAGUCAAGGAUCUAAUGACCUCCACAAUGCCCUGAGCAUCCUAACUUUGACUCCGACAGACACUGAGGUUUUGACUUGUUUAGCUGACAUAGAAGCACUCCCUAACCCUCAGAAUGCAACUGUAACUGUUAUUUUUGUCAACUCUACUAUAGAAAAUGAUUACAGUGAAGACAGCAGAAGCACGUGGGUUAUUGUACUUGCAGUUGUGCUUUCACUUGUUGGUAUUAUUCUUCUGAUCAUUAUUAUUGCGGUCGUUGUACGCUGCUGCUGCCUAAAGAAGAAAGGAUCUACAUAUCAAAAUGAAAUAAGAAAAGUUUCAGCUGAGAAGAAAAAAGAUGGCGAUUUGGAAAACAGGCAAAGGCAUGGUAGCGAAAAUCAGGGAUACAUUCCAGAGGAACCGCGGAACGUACAAAUACCAAGAAUUGCCUCUCUUCCCCCAAUGUCUUCUAAGUUCACUGUCCCUGCUGCAGAUUUACAUACCAGUUCUGUACCAAAGUGCUUCUAUGGACGUCUAGAAGAAGGAGUGAAGAACCCAAGUCCUCCCUCAGGAGCAGACUGGGGAAGGAACGAGGAGACCGUCUACUCAUGGAAAGACUCAUGGAGACUGAAGACCUAA